UCUUUUUUGCAAUGUGAUUGUGGAAGGCUUAGACUUGGACUUCUCGUAAAUUUAUUAUAUUUCUAGACAUAUUUUCAUAUGAAUUGUUUCUUAGUUAAAAAUUUUAUUAACAAACAUCACUUGUAUCUUAAAGCGAUAAUUGGUAUACUCCGAUCACUUUUACAAUGAAUUAAUACUUUUAUCCCAAGAUGUCGGUGAUAGUCUACUACAAUUUUGACGAGCUACUGUUUGUAUAAUCCGGAAAGUUUUCUGGAAUUCCUAUGAGCUUAUCAUCGUGUGAAUGUGUAAAUAAAAUAGGUAGAAGUACAUCAAUAUGAAUCAAGUGUCAGAUGAAAACUUACAGAAUAUUAAAUGUAAUCAGAAAUAUAAGAGCACGAAGAACGUAAAUAAAAAGGCCAAAGAUCCUUCAGAAUCGACUAACGAAACGAGUGAUAAUUUUAAUCAGGAAAAUUUAAACGAAGCAUUAGCAAAUACUCUUAAUAUUAAAGUUAACAGUAAUUUAACCAAUGGUACAAGUGCACAUUCUGUUGAAGAAGUAACCAUUGGUUCAAUUAUCAAGUCCGAAGCACAAGACGCGGUUCUCUGUGAAGUUACAAAACAUGUUAAUAGAUUACAAUAUACAGAAGAAUCAGUAGCAGGUAACUGUAACAGUGAAGCGGCCUGCUCUUCACAUAACAAUGGUGAAGGUGAAUGCCACAUGUCCAGCAAUUCUGAAGAUGCUCACAUAGAUGACAUUGAUAUUAUAUCAUAUGAAUCUGAGUUACAAAUGCCAGAGAUUAUGAGACUAAUACAAAAAGAUUUAUCAGAACCUUACUCCAUCUAUACUUAUAGAUAUUUUAUACAUAACUGGCCUAAGCUUUGCUUUUUAGCAACACAUGAAGGGAAAUGUAUUGGUGCCAUUGUAUGUAAGUUAGAUAUGCAUCGUAAUGUUGUAAAAAGAGGCUACAUUGCAAUGUUGGCUGUUGACAAACAAUACAGGAAACGGAGGAUUGGUUCUCGGCUGGUAGAAAAGGCAAUACAGGCAAUGAUCAAUGACAACGCUGAUGAAGUUGUGCUGGAAACGGAAAUAACAAAUAAGCCUGCACUGAAGUUAUAUGAGAACUUGGGUUUUGUCAGGGACAAGCGCUUAUUUCGAUAUUAUCUCAAUGGUGUAGAUGCAUUGCGAUUAAAAUUAUGGCUAAGGUGAAAUAAGUAGGUAAAUAAAGAGGAAUUCUCAAUGUUGUGUUGUAUAUUUUAGAGACAGUCUAGUCUCCGGCAUAUAUUUAUAAAGUAAAACCUACUGUUAAGAUGGUAAAACCUAAAGAUCCUGCCAUGUGGAUUUUAGCCAAAUAUAUAGUUUGUUUCAAUUAUUCUUAGUCAUGUGAUAUGUUUUAUUUUAUGUAAUUUAUGUUGAAAUUGUUAAUGAAAAUGUUUUCUGACAUUUCUUUUCUAUCUUGAUAUUAAGGUUAUAAAUGAUUAUGAUCCUUACUGAAAAUACACAACUUUGAUGAAUAAUAUGA